AUGGCGCAGCAAGAAAAUCACCUGGAUAGAGAAAUGUUCUCCUGUCCGAUCUGUCUGGAUCCACUGAAGGAUCCGGUGACUACUGGUUGUGGACACAGCUACUGUAAGAGAUGUAUUAACACCCACUGGGACAAAGGGGAGGAGAGAGGAAGCUACAGCUGCCCUCAGUGUAGACAGACCUUCACACCGAGGCCUGUCCUGGAGAAAAACACCAUGUUAGCUGCUUUAGUGAAGGAGCUGAAGAAGACUGGACUCCAAGCUGCUCCUGCUGAGAGAGAGCUCGGGCUGAGGAGACAAACAAUCCAGCAGAGAGUCCAGGACACAGAGAAAGACGUGAAGCUGCUUCAACAGGAGGAGGAGGCCCUCAAUGGCUCUGCUGAUAAAGCAGUGAAGGACAGUGAGGAGAUCUUCACUGAGAUGAUCCCUCUGCUGGAGAAAAGAAGCUCUGAUGUGAAGCAGCAGAUCAGAUCCCAGCAGGAAACUGAAGUGAGUCGAGUCAGAGAGCUUCAGGAGAGACUGGAGCAGGAGAUCACUGAGCUGAAGAGGAAAGAGCUCUCAGACACAGAGGACCACAACCAGUUUCUACACAACUACCCCUCACUGUCACCACUCAGUGGAUCUACACACUCAUCCAGCAUCAGGAUCCGUCCUCUGAGGUUCUUUGAGGACGUGACAGUGGCUGUGUCCCAGGUCAGAGGUCGACUACAGGACAUUCUGAGUGAGACAGAGACAGAGAUUCUACAGAUUGUGUCUCAAGUGGAUGUUUUACUGCCACAACCAGAGCCAGAGACCAGAGCUGACUUCUUAAGAUAUUCACAGAAAAUCACUCUGGAUCCAAACACAGCAGAACCACAUCUGUUAUUAUCUGAGGGAAACAGAAAAGUAACACGUAUGAUUGAAGAUCAGUCUUAUUCUGAUCACCCAGACAGAUUCACUGACUGUCAUCAGGUCCUGAGUAGAGAGAGUCUGACUGGACGUUGUUACUGGGAGGUGGAGGUGGGGAGCAGAGGAGUUGGUGUAGCAGUCGCAUACAAGAACAUCAGCAGAGCAGGAGUCUCAGGUGAAUGUGGAUUUGGAUACAAUGAUAAAUCUUGGUCAUUAUCGUGUUAUGGAACCAGUUAUAACUUUCAAUACAACAACAUCAGGACUCCAGUGUCAGGUCCUGGUUCCUCCAGAGUAGGAGUGUACCUGGAUCCCAGUGCAGGUGUUCUGUCCUUCUACAGAGUCUCUGACACCAUGACUCUCCUCCACAGAGUCCAGACCACAUUCACUCAGCCGCUCUAUGCUGGAGUUUAUUGUUUUGGAACCACAGCUGAGUUCUGUAAACUCAAAUAGACUCGAGUCAUUAAAGCAGUGAUUUAGAUCUUUAACUUCUUUUGUCUCCAUGUUUG